AUGUGGAAGAAAAUCGGUGUUCUUGCCUUAUUGGCAUCGGUGCAUUGUAACCCAGUGGAACGUGGAAUUGAAGAGAAUUUGGUUGGUGCUGUUUCGGAGUGCUUCGAUAAAGAUACAUCGCUAUGUUUAAAGGAAAAAGCUUUAAAAUACACGGAAAGACUUGCCGUUACAAAAGACAUUAACCUAUUUGAGGGUAUGACGCUGAUUAAUACUGGAUCGGCCCGAUCAGCUCGUAGCUACGAACAGCUGUCUGAAGAUCCGAAGACUAGGGAAGUGCAAAUUGAUGAAAGAAUUGCCAACAACAUUGGAGACUUUCUGGAUGGCCACGUACUGCAAUUACGCCUGUCCCAAGAUUCCGAUGAAUCCAGAGGAUUAGACGAAGAAGGUCGUGGUAAGAAGAAGAAGAAGAUCAAGAAGAUCCUUCCCCUUCUUCUCCUCUUGAAGCUGAAACUUGCCGCAUUAAUUCCUCUGUUCCUCGGCAUCAUCGCUUUUGUGGCUGUCAAGGCAGUAUUCUUAGGAAAGAUUGCAUUUGCAAUGAGUGCGUUUAACCUUAUCAGAAAACUUCUGUCAAAGAAUAAUUCUGGAUCAUCUGGAGGUGCAAUCAGCUAUUCCCCCCAUCAUGGAGGAGCUGAAGAACAUCCAGGCUACUCCUACGAACCAGCCCAGGGUUGGAGUAGAAAAGUCAAUGACGCCCAAAGUAUGGCCUACGCAGGUCAAUUAAAUUAA